UGGAGAAAUAGCAGGACGGCCGUAAGAUCUUGAUAGUUGUCUGGCUGCUCCACUUGCAGUUGAAUGUUGUUUGAAUUUGAAUGCAAGAGGCGAUCCCGUAAAGGUCAUUUUACUCCCUGUGUGGUAGACUUGAGGUCUUGUUAGCCAGCAAGCUAAGCAGUUCCUUUGGCGUGCUACUUCUGAAAAAGACUAAGACGGAAGUAGCUAUCGCUAGUAAAGGGAGAUAUUUUGCUAGCCUCUUAAAUAACUUCAGCGAUCUUCCGAAAGCAAGUUGUAUGCUUUUUUUUACUUGGCCAGCUAAAUUAAAGUUAGCAUUGUGCUGCUUCUGUCACACUGUUUUUUUUCCACUCCUCAGUUCUGCGCUUUGGGAGCAGUGACCGUCUGUCUGCAGUAUGUCCGCGCCGUUGAGGUUCGAUGGAAAAGUUGUGCUGGUUACUGGAGCAGGUGGAGGUCUUGGGAGGGAGUAUGCGUUGGCCUUUGCUGAGAGGGGAGCCUGUGUUGUAGUAAAUGACCUGGGAGGAGACAUCAAAGGCGGUGGGAAGAGCUCCUCAGCUGCAGACAAAGUGGUGGAAGAGAUAAAGGCCAAAGGAGGCAAGGCGGUGGCAAACUAUGAUUCUGUGGAAGAUGGAGAGAAGCUGGUCCAGACAGCCCUGGAUGCAUUUGGAAGAAUAGACAUUCUAAUAAACAAUGCUGGGAUUCUGCGAGAUCGUACUUUUGGCCGAACCAGUGACUUGGAUUGGGACCUCAUCCACAGGGUUCACCUGAGGGGCUCUUUCCUGGUCACCCGGGCUGCCUGGAACCAUAUGAAGAACCAGAAGUUUGGGAGGAUCAUCAUGACCUCGUCGGCCGCCGGCAUCUACGGGAACUUCGGCCAGGGGAACUACAGCGCCGCCAAGAUGGGCCUGGUGGGGCUGGCCAACACGCUGGCCAUCGAGGGGCGGAAGUACAGCAUCCACUGCAACACCAUCGCCCCGACCGCAGGGUCCCGUCUCACACAGACCGUCAUGCCCCCAGAUCUCCUGGAGUCCUUGAAAGCGGAGUACGUCGCUCCCCUGGUCCUGUGGUUGUGUCAUGAACAAUGUCAAGAAACUGGCAGCUUGUUUGAGGUUGGAGCUGGCUGGAUCGGCAAGCUGCGGUGGGAGCGGACUCCGGGCUGCAUUAUCAGGCGCAGGAACCAGGCCAUGACCCCCGAGGCGGUGCGGCAGAGCUGGGACCGGAUCUGCGAUUUCAGCAGCGCCACAAAGCCGGCCACCAUCCAGGAAUCGCUCAGCACUCUGGUGGAGGUGCUGUCGAAAGUGGACACGGAGGAGGGGGUAGUCCCCAAUCCCACCAGCGCCAUGGCUUCCGCUGUGUCCGACGGCAACAGCCCCCUAGCGGCAGUGGGGCAGAAGCUGCCAGAGAUGGUCUUCAGCUACUCCCACACGCAGUGCAUCCUGUACGCCCUGGGCGUGGGCAUGUCCACCCGGGAACCCGACCACCUCAAGUUCCUGUACGAGGGCCACGAGGACUUCAGCUGCCUGCCCACCUUCGGCGUCAUCCCCGCCCAGGCCUCCAUGAUGGAGGGGGGCCUGGGCUCCAUCCCAGGCUUCAAUUUUGACCUCUCCCGGCUAUUGCAUGGUGAGCAGUAUCUGGAGCUGUAUAAGCCAUUACCCACCUCAGGCAAGCUGGUCUCACAGGCAGCAAUCGCAGAUGUCUUGGACAAAGGAUCUGGAGCCGUCAUUCUCUUGGAUGUUCAUACCUACAGUGGCAAAGACCUGUUGUGCUACAAUCAGUUUUCCCUGUUCAUCGUGGGAGCUGGUGGCUUUGGGGGAAAGAGGACCUCGGAUAAAGCGAAGAGCACCAUGUCACCCCCAGACAGAGCUCCAGAUGCCGUCAUGACAGACGAAACCACCAGGGACCAGGCGGCCUUGUAUCGACUGAGUGGAGACUGGAACCCGCUGCACAUAGACCCCAGCUUCGCAGCUAUGGGAGGAUUCAAGACCCCCAUUCUGCAUGGACUGUGCUCCUUUGGCUUUGCAGCCCGACACGUACUGAAGCAGUAUGCCAACAAUGAUGUGUCCAAAUUCAAGGCUAUCAAGGUCCGCUUCGUGAAGCCGGUGUUGCCAGGGCAGUCCCUACAGACAGAGAUGUGGAAAGAAGGUAUCAGGAUUCACAUUCAGUGCAAGGUGAAGGAGACUGGAGCUGUGGUUUUGUCGGGAGCAUAUGUGGAUCUCCAUUGUGCUGAAGACUCAGUUUCUCCAGAGAAGCCAGCUGAGGCAGGGGGACUCCAGAGCGACCUGGUGUUUGAGGAGAUCGGCCGGCGCAUUCAAACCCUGGGGGCCGAGCUGGUGAAGAAGGUCAACGCCAUCUUCGCAUGGGAGAUCACCAAGGGCGGGAGCGCCGCAGCUCAGUGGACCAUUGAUUUAAAGACCGGGACGGGCUCCCUGCACAAGGGCCCGUACAGCGGCAAGGCCGACGUCACCAUGACCCUCUCCGACGAGGACUUCAUGGACGUGGUGCUGGGGAAGCUCAACCCGCAGAAGGCAUUCUUCGCCGGUAAGCUGAAAGUGAGAGGCAAUAUAAUGUUGAGCCAGAAGCUGGAAACCAUCCUGAAAGACUACGCCAAGCUGUGAAGCUACUGUCACUGAAGCAGCCAGUGCGUUAACGGCAGUUGUACGCCACAUCCUCUUCUUUUUCGGAGGAGAUACCAGUUGCACUAACCAGACAUUGAAGGACUGAUCUCAAGCAGCGUCAUAAUUAAUUCACCUGUUGCUUUAAAUGUGAGAAGUCUCCGGAACAUGAUUGAAACGUGAUCCAGUCAGUGUGGUGUUUUGGGGAUGGCUCAUUAGCCUGGAAUUGAUGAUUGUAAUCACUGUCAUGAGGUUUAACACACAUUACUGUGCCGAUACUUUAUGAAGACUGUAAAUUUUCAACGAUUUACACCAUUACAAGUAGACGAGUGAUGAAAUUGUUUAAUGUGUUCAUUCUGCCCCCAGAACGGUACCUGAAUAAUCAAAGUAACAUAAAUCUUGUUAGAAAUAAAGCAUCUACGUUAUGGAAAAAAAGCUAUUGUUAAUGAAUUAAUAUGAAUUUAUAUGCAUUAGUAAAAUGGACUUUUGGCGGA